AAACAAUUUUUAUUUGACUUACAGAGAUUGCCAAACCAGCUGUUAAACGGAGAGGAGUACGCCCUGUGGAACGUGAACGUAUGCGACCCUGGUUGAGCAGACUUCUGAAUCUUGGAGACAUUCCAGGCUUGCAUUGGAUUGAUAAAAAGAAGAAAAUCUUCCGCAUUCCUUGGAAGCAUGGUUCUAGCCAAAACUGGACACCAAAUGAUGCCAAUUUGUUUGUAAAAUGGGCUGAACACACUGGCAGGUUUGUACCAACAGAAGACAAGCCCAACACAAAACGCUUUAAAGCAACAUUUCGCUGUGCCUUAAACAGUUUACCCGAUUGCAAAGAACUCUCUGAUUUAAACCAUAAGGGUGGUACGAAUGCUUACAAAGUUUACCAAUUCUUUUGUAACAAGAAAAAUUGUCCAUUUAAUGAAGAUAAAGAAGAUGACAAACAAAAAUCUCUCUAUAGAGAAAUCAGACCAAAGAGCCCUCCAAAAAGAAACCAUUCAGUGGAUUCUUCCAUGUCUUGUAAUAGCCUUUCUGAAUCCGACAGUUCUGAAACUUUGAUCAGCGAUAGUGAAGUAGCCAAUACAUUACUACAGCUCCACCGUGGAACAAUUCGAGCUCCACCUGUAACACAGACUCCUUGUGACACUUCAUCAUAUUCUAACCCUACUGCUGAUGCUGUUGAUGCCUUGACCCAGUUAACUCGGUCUGACAGACUUUCUUGUCCUGUACCACUUCCUGUUGUCUCCAUUAGCUCACCACCUGAACUUCCAGUCACCACACCUAUUGCUGUUACCAUCACACAACCCACCAUCAAUUUACUUCAGUGUGCUGCACCCACUGUAGUACCUCUUACACCACCAGCUGAAGUUCCUCUUCUAAUUCAAAAUCCUCAUUUGACACCACAGAAUCCUUUUUUCCCAAAAGUGACCGAGUCCAUCCAAUCAUUGCCAGUUACAUCAUGUCCCAAACACAAAUUUCUGUUAGAUCACUGUUAUAUUGAUGAUUCUUCAUUAAAACCUCAAGUGAGAGUCAAAGAAGAGGUGAAUGACCCUGGCUAUUCCCAAGCUGAACAGAAAACUAUGAUGCCAUUGGUGAAAGUGAAAUUAGAAAAUGUUGAAACUGGUCAUGUGAUUCCUGCCACCUGUUGGAAAAACAAUGAAGAAAAUAACCAAGAAGGAGUUGGAGCUAUGACAGAUACACACUUCCAAUCUUCCUGGAAAUGUUAUCAACCCACUUCCAAUUUACCAACUUGCGCCUCACCCAGAAACCUGCAGGUACUCACUGCUGUAAACACUGCUUCACAGAAAAUUGAAAAUUCUUCUCAUCAUACUGCAAAAUUUCCUGUUAAAAAAAAAAGGACCAUAUCGUGUUAGAUUUAUUUUUGACUAUUUUCCAAUAGUCCAAACAUCAGUUGUUAGAUUUCUAACAGUAAAAAGUGGGGUAUUUUCUGAUAAUGUUCAGAAGUAUUUGGUUGUUGAAAAAUUCAGAUCUCCCCACCCUUUUUUCUAUAUAUAUAUAGAAUCCCUAUUUCAUUUACUUAGAGCAUUUAUCUUUGUUGUAGUUCUUUAUCUAUAGGAACAUUAUUUCUAGAGUUUUCUUAUUUUCUCUUCUUAAAUUGUGAUUAAUGUUUCUUUGUUCUGUUUUUCAUUAAAACUAAAGUGCUACAAAGAUUUUAAAAAAUUUGUCAGUUGGUUUUAUUCUUACAUAUUCAAUGCAACUGUCAUCUACAAAACUACUGAAGCAAUCAUAAAAGGUAGACAGAUAUUCUACAGAGAGAGGAAACUAACUCUGAAAUUGUUUGCAUGAAUUUUUUUUAUCUACUGACAAGCAGAGAGAGAGAGAAAGUGUUUGUGUGUGUGUGUGCAUGAUUUAAACUUUUUUUUCUUCUACUAAACAGUAUCACAGACACAUACAGCAAUAAAGAAAUAUAUUUGCUUCAAAUAUUGCAUUGAUUCCAUUUCUACAAACGUUGCAUUUGUAGAAGUGGAAUCAAGCAUAUUAUUGCUUGACAUUCUUUAGUUUUGAGACUAAGAGGCAUUUUAUGACAUUAGUGGCAAGUGAUGAGCUCACAUUUGCCAUCAGCAUUGCAUUGUUUCCUUGGUGAGUUUAUUUCCUUAGUUUACUAAGAUACUUUAAUUGCUUAAUAGUGGAGGAAAACACCUAGCAUGAAUAUUAUUUAUUUUUAAUUCCCUUCCCACAUGUGAUAGCUCAUGGUUUAGUGGUUAUGGAAUUUGGCUUACAAUCAGCAGCAAAUUUAAUGAUCACAGUAUCUUUGGAGUGUGUACAUUAUUUAUUUCACAGAACUUUCCAGGCAGUUUCCUGAUUUCAACUGUUAGCAUUAUAUAAGAGGAUAAAGUAUGUCAGUUUUAUUUUUCCUCAGCUGUUGGUAGACAGUCUUUUGUCUUUAAUGAGUUUGUAAUUAAUUUAACAGGUUGUUAGUUCUUUGAUUUGCUAACAUUUGUUGGAGUUUAGUUUUUUAACUUUUAAGGAUCACAACAUUUUCAUCAUGGAUUCGAUAAAAACAACUCUAAAACUCCAUUUUACAGAGUUUUGAUUCUUAUUAGUCAUCUGUCCACUCUUCUAUGUUUGCAUAAGUUCAAUGGAACUUGUUGAGGAAGACUUUUCUAUAGUUGGAUGCCUUUCCUGUUUCCAAGCAAGGUAAUAUUUACCAAAGCCAGACUGGAAAGUUAAUAGCAUCACUUGUAAGACAGUGAUCAGUGAUGUUUGUUUACAAACAUCAUGUGAUGUCAAAUCAAGGGUACACGCAGACACACUCACCCACACACAUGCUGGCCUUUCAGUUUCUUUCUAUCAAAUCUAUUCACAAGCCUUUGGUUGACCUGGGGAUAUAAUAGAAGACUCUUGCCCAAGGUGCCAUGCACACAUGGUUGGGAAGCAAGUUUCUUAAUGACACAGCCAUACCUUCUGUUAAUUAUAUUUUAAUCAGGGUUUAAAAGCUAUUUUGACUGGAUUGCUACUGAUUCAGUGACUGCUGUCUUUCUCUUGAAAUGAUCAUCACCAUCUCUGGUGCUCACUUCUAUUGGUGUAUAUAUAUAUAUAUACACACAUCAUCAUCAUCUUACAUCCCAGAUGGAAUUUGUUUAGGCAAAUUUUUCUAUGGUUGGAUGCACUUCUUGUUGCUAACCCUCAAUUGUUUCAUUGUUUCUAAGCAAGGUAGUAUUUCCUACCUAUUGUAAAAGAUGCUUGCCAAAAGUGCUGUGCAGUGGGACUGAACUAAGACCACAGUUUCUUAACCACACAGCGACAUCUACACCUAUGAUUGAUGCACACACACACACACACUCUCUAUUUCCCUGUUAAAAAUAUUGGGUGACUUUUAAGAGCCGAUUGUGUCUGAUAUGUAAUAUUCUGCAUCCCACCCACCAAGCUUCAGAGAAACCAUAACAUACAAUCCUUCAUACAGAAUUUAUGUUGAGUUUUCUUCCAAAUUGUUUGUUUCUUUUAUGAACAUUUUUAUGUGAAAUGCAGUUAGUUGAUAAUCAAUACAGAAACACUUCUGUUUUCCAUUAUCUUUUUUUUUUUCAUGUACUCUUUAUUUAGAUGCUUACUCUUUUUUCCACAAAAAUGAUGUUAAGCGCAGUAAACAUGUGGGAUUCUGUUUUUAUUUGAUAUUGGGGCCAACAAUUGUUAAUGGCAUGUCUUCCAGCUUUAUAUGCCAAACUUUUCAACUGUCUACUUCAGACAUUGAUUUGAAUUCAGAAAACUAUAUAUACAAACACUAACAUAUAUACGUAUAUUUUUCUUCUCAUUUUAUAUAUAAAAAUACAAUACCUUUAUUGCCAAAAAUACUGUAUUUUCAGAUAAGUCUUAAUAAAUUGAUGAUAUAUCAGAGAAAAAAAUAAUUGAGAUUUGUGUAGGAAAGUAAAUUUAUUUGCUGUUGACUCCAAUGUUGGCGGUGCUUUCAUCCCUAAUUAUCUCAUAACUUGUAAAAGAAAGAAAUAUUUCUCUUCUCUUUCUUUGCAUGCCAUGUUCUAGUUUCUUUUUUUUUGUUUGUUUUGUUUUGUUUUGUUUGUAAUUUUUUUCUCCCCAUAUUCAUUUAUUGCAUGCUUCUGAAAAACCCAGUAUUUCACUUUGGGGCUUCAUAUAAUCAAAAUUUUCUUCAUUUUCUAAUUCUUAUUACCAGAUUACCUCAUUGAAUGUAACUUUUUUUUAAACAUUGGUGAUGGUUUUUUUAAAAAUCUUUGGAAGUCUUUCAAAUAGAUUUGAUUUUCAAUUUGAAAAUAUAUUGAUUCUGUAAAAUAUAUAAGAAUGUUGUUGUUUUUCCUUCCCCCUCCCAUCAUUAUAUAUGUGUUUCUUGCAGAUAAACUUUUGUCAUAUCUACUGAGCAUUAAUGAUGUCCACUCAGACAUGUGUGAAUCUGGUAGGGAUUAAAGACAGUUAUUUUAACUUACACAACUCUGAUCAUGAAUUGACCUAAUGAAAUAUUGCAAAAUGUUUUAUCUGACACUCUACCAAUUCACUACCCACAAUGACCAGGUGAUGGAUAAUAAAUGCCACUGUAUAUACCAAACUUUACUGCAUCAUCAUCAUCAUCAUCACCAGUUUGCAGUCAGAACGAUCUCAUAGUAGUGGUUG